AUGCUCGACGAGAACCUGCCCACGUUCUUCAUCAAGAAAACCCAACAGAAGUUCCUCUGGACCAUCUUACAUUCUCACCGUGGUACUGAGCCCGAGCCCGCAUAUACUCUUCGCCACCCCGACCCAGCAUCCCCCUCCUCGAAGAACCGCUACGCCGCCGCUCUAGUUGAUCCCUACGUCCCGGAUAUCGUCUACGGCGAGGUUCUACUCAUUCCCGAAUGGACGCAACCAAGCCUUUCCGCAGAGGCUAUCCGUCAGAAUGGCGGAGUCACCCCACCGCCUGAGCCUAUCCUCCCCACCCGUUUUACCAUCCACCUCUACAACCCCGACCAGCAGGUCACCGUUGAAUACAAACCGAAGACAUGGAAUAGUCCAGCGACAUGGUCAUUCGAAAUGCCACAGCAAUCCUUCCGACAACCCUCAAGCUCGACUCUAGACCGGACACAAACAGACCCAGCGGCGGCAGAUACCACGCCCAAACUUCGCUUCAGCUGGCGGAAGGAUAGUAAGCUGUCAAAGGACCUGACAUGUCUGUUGUCUGGGAAAUCUACUGCGCUGUCGGGGACUAAAACAAAGAGCAAGGAGCCGGACAUCACAAUUUCGAUCUUCCAGGCGCUGCGUGAGUUGACGCUCUACGAACCAAACUUAUAUCGAGUGGAGAUGGAGGAUUUUAAGGGGUUGGAGGUUGUUCUCUUGCUUGGAGCAGUAACUAUUCGCGAUGUGUAUUUCACUGCGAUGAGGGAUGCUUUCAAACUGGAUGCGACGUCAGUUGCCGCGGGUCCUAGUGCUACCGCGGUUGCGAACAUGCCCAAUGGUCAUAACACUGCUCCCGCAGCUAGCAAAGAUAAACAGCCUGUCUCAGCUGGACCUGGGGCGCUCAACGUCAACACGACACCAUCUAUUCCAGAGGAACCCAGCGUUGAGAACCCCCCACGACGCAAGCAGGAGCAAGAGAAAGAAGAGGAACGUCGCACCAAGAAACUUCUUGAAGAGGAAGAGAAGGCCCGCCAGAAACGCCAGGCCGAGAUCGACGAGGAAACCCUUCGUCUCCAGAGACUUUACGGCGAGGAAGAACAGAGAGUCCGCUUCUCGACUCCAUCGCUUCCGCCGCGACCGUUACAAUCGCCUCCGCCAUCAGAGCGGCCAAUUGCUGCUGGCCGGGGGGCCCCAGCUCAGCGGUACUACCAUACUCACCACCAUUCACCGUCCGUGCCGCAUAUCGGACAUUCGCCGUACCUCCAGGCCCCUGGGGGUAACCCACACAGGCAGUCAGUCGCGUUCCUGCCGACGCAACCACAACCAGCGACGGGAUCAAAACCACAAAAAUUGCAGCAGAAGAAGAGUUUCUUCGGCUUCCGGAGGUCAUCCUCCGACGAAAACAAACUCGCCAAAAAGCGCAGCUCGAUGUUCUGA